GUUUCACUUUUUAACUAUAACUCGUAAUAAUCAGAAGUCAUUAUAAUGGUGGUUACCCUUUUCUUUUUAGAAAUAAAAAGAAAUCUCUAUUCUCCACCGAAAAACAAAGACUCAAACUUUAGUUUAGUGGAAAAAGCCCCUUAUCGGAUUUGAACCGAUGACUUACGCCUUACCAUGGCGUUACUCUACCACUGAGUUAAAAGGGCUUGUUUUAUUCGAUUCAUGAAUUAUAGCCUUUUUCCAUUAUGAGUCUACUGCAUAAUAUAUGUACAUGAUAUAUACAUAUAUGCACAUAAUAUAUACAUAGUUCAUUUAGGAGCAAUCAAUUUGAUUUACCCCCCAAAAGUAAAAAGUGGGCAAAUUUUUUAUUUUUUUUUUUGAUAAAAAUAAUGCAGUGAAUUGUUUCAAGACCGACCCCGCUUGUUUACCUUUACUGACUCAUCAAAACAAGAUUCACUUGAUUGAUACAUGUACCAAUCUGACAUCGACAUAGAUUCGAUAGAUUUUCUUGAAUCAUGUGAUGAGGGUAUUCGUACCCUGAACCGAAUUCUUAUAAAAAAAUAAAAAAGAAAAAAGGAAAAUUUCUAUCGUUUUUUAAUUUUCUGACUUAAUGUGAGAUAGUGAUAGGCAUAUUUUAUCUGAACAAUGAACGAAGCAAUGAGUUAAGUUAAAAUUAAUGAGUUAAAAUUGAAGAAAAGAAAUUAAGUGGGGUUCUACCCCCUUUUCUGUUCUGUCGGACCAAUCACUGCCUGAACUGACGGAGUCCUGUACCUCCUUUCGCUAUAUAAAAUAGUAUGGGAUGGUUCAUUCAUGAACCAUCAAAUCCAAAACAAAAUUCUAUGGAAUCAUAACAUAAAAGUAGAAAAGAGUGUUCAGAUCUAGUCAUAUCAUUAGAUUAUAUUGACAAUUCCAAAAAACUACUCAUACUAUCAUCAUAGUAUGAUGACAGUUGGGCGGAUAUGCCCCUAUCGUCUAGUGGUUCAGGACAUCUCUCUUUCAAGGAGGCAGCGGGGAUUCGACUUCCCCUGGGGGUACUACGAAAGGAAGUUGAUCAUGGAUUAUCAAUAAGCCUAGAAGGAAUUCUUCCUGGGUCGAUGCCCGAGCGGUUAAUGGGGACGGACUGUAAAUUCGUUGGCGAUAUGUCUACGCUGGUUCAAAUCCAGCUCGGCCCAAAAAUUCGCCGCUCCAUGAAUAUGAUAUAACCAAUGAUAUAACCAAUUUGUCCCCCAGAAACAAAAAUACCUGAUCCGUAAAAGAGAAAGAGUCCAUUUUUGUUUCUCUAUCCAUGUUUUUCUCAUUCGUUCUGAUCUUUUCUUUCUAACGAUCUAGAUUCAUAAUACUUAAUCAAAGCAAAGAUUAUGAAAGGAAAAAUCGUUUUUUCUCAAUGAAAGGUUGAUUAUCUAUUUUUGGCAAUAAAAUAAAAUAAACACAGGUUACUAGUAAUCCGUGUCACUUUCACUAUAGUCCAUAUCUAUGUGUUCUAUGUGUAUAUGAUAUCAGUUAGUAUAUCAUUCGUGUCUCUGUUACAACGCGACGAAGAAAAUGUUUUUCUGAAACCAUUAAGAAUAUGUAUACCAUACACCUCGCUGGGAUUGUAGUUCAAUUGGUCAGAGCACCGCCCUGUCAAGGCGGAAGCUGCGGGUUCGAGCCCCGUCAGUCCCGAACUAGGAUCCGACCGAUGAAUGGAGAAAUGAAUUUAUCUAUUUUCCGUGAAAAAGGAGACAGGGGGCAAGAUCUAAUCCCCAGUGGAGAUCCUUAUUUCUUUUGUUUUUCAUUUCGCAUUUAUCAUCAGACAAAUACAGGAAUUUCCAUUUCUUCCACUAGUGCCGAGUGAUAAGGGAGAGACAUAACAUAUAUAGAUUCGUACAAUCGGUGGUAUUCCUAUAUUUAGUAUUUUAAGAGAUACUCGUCUGACUUUCUUUUUCGAUUUUCUUGAUAAAUGAAAUAGAAUAGAGUGCUCCUAUUUUUACCGAGAGUACAUACGCAAAUUGUAUUCGUUUAUUGUACAAUACAUAAUGAACUUAACAUAAUUACCUCGACAGAGUACUUGUCAGGUUAAACGACAACCCUUUUUAGCUUCGACUUUGUUUGUGUAUCCUCAAUGACUAAUUGGAAACAAUCUAUCUCAUUCUCAUUUAAAUUGCACACUGAAUUUUUGAUGUAUGCCUUCCAGUCCCAAUCGAAGAAAGAGAUACUAAUCAAAUAAAAGAAAAGACCAAGCAACGUUCCUUUUUAUUAAAUUUGUUGGAAUAUAUAUUAGAUCUUUUAUACUUAACCCGUCCUUUUUCCAUCUCACUUCUACUCUUUGGAUCUGUGUGUGAUUCAUAGAAUACCAGUCAUAUAAUACCUCAUAAUUGUAUGUACAUAAUUGUAUGUAUAAGUAUAACGAAGGAGGAGUAUAUAAGGAAGACGGUAGGGUUAUUUAUAGAAAAGAAAAAGUGGAAAAGGAUGAAAAUUCAAUGGGAUUCUUUAUUGGAUCAGGAAUCCCAUUUCAGAUUUAGUAUGGAUAAAGGAUCUUCCUAUGUUAUACUAUUCAAUUCUCGACGAUGAAUCGAUUUGAUAGAUCAGAUAUUGUUAUUCAUAAUAUUGAUCCGAUUCAGUAUCAUCAGGAUGCAAUUCAUCCCAUUGAAUUUACAGGAAUCAAAUUUCUCAUCUCUAUGGGAUUAGAUCCCGAGUUAUUGCGAAGUAAAAAAACAAUGAGAUUAUGGAAGUAAAUAUUCUCGCAUUUAUUGCUACUGCACUGUUCAUUCUAGUUCCUACUGCCUUUUUACUUAUCAUCUACGUAAAAACAGUCAGUCAAAAUGAUUAAUUUGACUGAAACUUGAUUUAUUAGUUCUUAUCAAUGAUUGAAUAAAUGAAAGAAACGGAUUCAAACUCCAAGUCUUAAAUGAAAUGAUCUGUCUGGAAUCAUAAGUAUCUGAGAUAAUAAGUAUCUGAGAUAGUAGUAUCUGAGCCGAGAUAGUAUGGUAUAGUAUUUAUUAUCCUAUUAAUGAUUUUCAUAGAAAGUUGUACUGUAUACAGAUAUAGGCUUUUAUAUAGAGAAAGCCUAUAUCUAGGUCAAUAUACAAUAUGUAUGUACAUAGAUUAGAUGUAUAUCUAAAUAGUACAUCAAAAUAACAGUCCAAUUCUAUUAUUUUUUUGGCUACAUUUACUUGUGUGGAUUUCGAUCAAUUCAAAAUAAUUGAAGACCAACUCUUCUAAUUCCUGGCUUUCUUAGAAUUUAUAUAUAUAUAGGUAUAGGUCCCGAGAUCUAUCAAAGGAAUCAAUGGAGCAAGACAAAAAGAGUAUGGGCAUAUUCUACUAUAAAUUAAAUAAAAAAAAAGAUAAAAGAAAA